UGACAACAUGGUUGUCCAGAAACAUCACUAUAAUACUGUAAUGACAGAGCUUUCGGCUUAAAAAUUAGCCAAAAUUUGUACUGAACAUGUUUGCUAAACAUUGCAAGGAGAAAAAAGGAUAGUUGUAGUCAAUGCUGACUUCAUGUUAAAGUGUACAAUUCGAUAGAUAUACAGGCACGUUAAAACUACGUCGCAAAUAAUGUUAUCGAUUAAUUUUUUAAGAACCUCCGAGUCAGUAAGCAAACGAUCAAAUAGCAUUAACAAAAGUGUGAAUAAUAUAGAAUCAUUAAUGAGGUUCUCAUUUUUUAUCGUGAUUUUUAUUAUAACAACGCAUUUACUGUCGUCGGCUAGUGGUAUCGAGUCAUUGGGAAAUCCGUAUAAAAUAUUAGGUGUCCACAAACGUGCAACCUUACAAGAAAUUCGAAAGGCGUAUAAAAAUCUUGUCAAAGAAUGGCAUCCUGAUAAAACUGAUCAUCCUGCUGCAGAAAAUAAAUUUGUAGAAAUUACAAAAGCAUACGAGAUUUUAACUGAUCCGGAAAGAAGAAAAAAAUUUGAUAAUCAUGGUAUUACAGAAGAAAGUAUUCCUAGGCAACGAAGGGACAGCAGUCACUUUAAUGUUCUUGAUCCUUUGGAGGAGUUGUUUGGUGGAAAUAUCAAAUUUCAUUACCAAACUCGGGAUAUAUCACUCUUUUAUAAGAUGAGCAUCACUUAUCGAUCAUUUGAAAAUGUAGUAAUACCAAAAACUUUUCGUACACCUUACAUAAUAUUAUUUUAUUCGGAUUGGUGUUUUGCUUGUUUACAAGUAGAACCAACAUGGAGACGUUUAGUUGAAGAAUUAGAACCAUUGGGUCUUGGUUUAGCAACUGCACAUGCUGAAAAAGAAUCUGCUCUGGCAAGAAGGCUGGGUAUUCAUUCACUACCAUGCUUUGUUGUUACUAUAGAUGGUCGUACUAGUGUGUAUAAGGAAUCUCUUUUCAGCAUUCAAAAAAUUGUUGACUUUUUGCGAAGUAAAUUUCCGUAUAAAUUGAUACCUAAUAUCAAUAAAAAUAAUGUAGAUAAUUUUCUCUCAGGAUGGAUAGAUAAUCGAAUUCGAGCUUUAAUAUUUGAUAGAAAAGAAUCUAUACGAUUACGAUAUCUGUUUAUUGCAUUUUAUUAUAGAGAUCGUGUUGCAUUUGGUUUUGUUCAGACUGGAAAAGCAGAAACAGAAUCCAUUGUAUCAAAGUAUAAAAUUUCUGUGGAUUUAGACACAUUAUUACUAUUUAAUGAAAAUUCUGAAAAACCUAUGGCAUCUGUUAGUAUGAAAGACAUAUCCAGUGAUACAAUGCACAAUGUUAUUUCCAAUAAUAAAUUCCUUGCUUUGCCAAGACUUUCAAACCAAGCAAUGUUAGACUCUGUUUGUCCACCUGAGUGGCUCAGACCUCAAAAACGAUUAUGUGCAGUUUUAAUAUCGCAACAAAACAAUCCUCUCCAUGACUUGGCUAGGCACAAAUUUAGACAAGCAGCUUUAGAGUCUUCUUAUGGCACUGAACGAGUUAGGUAUACAUAUGUAUUUAAAGACACACAACCAGAAUUUGUAUCAGCAUUAUCAACAGGAGAAGGCAGUCCCUUGGAACCUUUGUUACAUAUUGUUAUUAUUUGGAGAAGAGAUGCAAAUCAUCUGAAGUACGAAUGGUUACCUACUGGUUGGAUUGAAGCUGCUCAGGAUGAGAGUCAAUGGAACGAAACACGUCGCAACUUAGAACAAACUAUACAAAGAUUAUUGCGAGCAUCUGAAGCUUUGCCAUACGCCGCGGUCGUAGGAGAAUUAGCAGAUGAACAUGCACAGGGUACUGUAGACAAACUUAUUGGCAAGGCAUUAUUAGCUGUAGAUUAUAUAUCGGAUAGUCUUACUAAAGAGCAAAUUUUGCCUUUAGUAUCAGUAAUUGCCACCUUAAUGUUAAUUGGUGCUGCGGGAUAUGGAAUGUCAUAUCUGGUGAAAUUAGAAGAAGCAAGUGUUCAAGCAGAACGUGCUCAAUGUAAAGAUAACGCUAAAUCAACAUCUUCGCAGCCACAAUUACGAUUACAUGAAUUACGCGCAGAGAAAUAUAAUGGUUUAGUUCGUCUAUUAAAACCAGGCUGUAGAACCAUUAUAUUAUUAGUUGAUGCUCAAAGUAGAUUAAAAUUAUUAACAGCUUUUCAUAAAGCUGUGUGGCCUUAUAGGAAAAAUAAGACCCUUAUGUUUGGACACAUGUCUCUUGAAAGAGGGCUAGAUUGGUAUAAGAAACUGUUAUCCCUCACUUUGCCAGAACAAAAAGAAUUAAAUAUAAAUGCCAAAAAUUGUGUUGGCACUGUACUGUCUUUAAAUGGACAUCGCAAAUAUUUUUGUAUGUAUCAUGCCAAGCAUCCAGAAUGUAGUAAAGGAAAAGGUUCUAAGCGAAUGGAACGAAUGACAAAGCAGUUAACUCGAAGAGCAGAUGAUGCAGAAGCUGGUGCAUUUAUUGGUUUUGACAGUUCUAACGAUUCUGAUCUUUCUGAAGAUGAGAGUGGAAACAAUGUUUUGUAUCAGGAUAAUCUUUUGGAUGGUUUGCCAAUGUGGUUGGAUAGAUUAUUUGAAGGUUUAACACAUCGUUAUUAUGUAAACUAUUGGCCCGAGUUCACUGCCAAGUAAUUGGAAACUGGUAUACAUUCUGAUAAUAUGUAUACUUUUUGCAAUAGAGAAAGGGAUCCAACUAGUCAACAUAUAUUAUUUGGUAAUCGUAUAAUUGAAAAGAUACAUCUUUACUUUUGUUGCAAAGUCAAUACAUAUUCAUUGUAUAUGAGACAUUAUUUAUAAAUUUACUCACAAUUUUCUGCAUACAUAGAUUUUAGAUAUUCCAUUAACUACAAUUGAAGAAGAUUUCAUACAACAUCAUCAUAGUUGAUAAAAUUUUUGUAGAUUUAAACAUUACAUUAUUUUUGGCGAUUUUCAUGAGUAAUGAUAAUCUUUGGAAUUUUUAAUAUUACCUUAAAUAAUUCUAGUCGAUGCCAUUAAAGACAUAACAGUAUUUAUAUUACAUGUUUAAAUAUUAGGCAUUGUAUAUUUAUAUAUUUAUAAUAUGUCAAAUAUUUUCAGAUUAUUUCGAUUUAUUUUGAUAUAAUCUACGGUAUACUAUUACUUUUAUAGCAUUAUGUUACAAGAAUCUUUACUUUCCAUGUUGCAUACGAAGUUUGAUAACAAUGUUCCUAGACAUACAUUAUAAACUGGUGUUUAUACAAAUUAUUUAUAUUCGAAUAUUUUUACAACAAAUUGUCUUGGAAAACUAUGUACAAAGCACUACUUAUCCCGUUUUUACUUCUAGAAAUUUUAGGAUAUUUCAGGCUUUCACGGCACAGUUCCUCAUAGUUGAUAUUAAUUGAGGCUUCUGGAUGUGAGUCGUGUUCUUUGGGUAAGAUACUUCGACGAUACGUCACCAUUGCAUCAGACGUCAUUAUCAAUGUGUUAUGUGAUCCUUGAAGAAGAGAGCUGCAAUGUUGGUGAAAUGUCGGAGUAUCUCAUUCAAAGAACGGCUUAUACCGUGAAGCCUCAACCAAUAUCAAUUAUGUAUAUUAUAAUUGCAAGUUUGUUGUAUUUAAAUUUAUGAAAAAAAUUACCAUAGUCUGAGUAUUUUAUUAUCAAACUUUGUGUAUGUUACGUUAAUACGUUAAGAGUAUAUUUUGUUUCUCGUAUUAAUAGAUAUUUGUAUUAUCUUAUAUACAUCGUACUUUUAUUUCGUACUUUUAACUUCGUAUUUUUAUUCGACUCGGAGAUUUACAAGAAAUGUAUUUAUAUAUUUAUUGAUUCGUUAACGCAUUCUAAACGAAAAUUCAUAAUUAUAAUAAUAAUAAUAAUAAUACGUGCUUUAUACAACUCGUAUGCAGAUUAAAAUUAUUAAAUACUUUAUAGUUUAUUCAACGAGAAUGAUUAACAUUCUCAUAUAGAACAAUACUUUAAUAUUAAAUAAUCUACAAAACUAGUCCCAUUUUCUGCUAUUUUUAAGUGAUGUAUAUCUUUAGAUUAUAUUUUGAAUAAUUACAAUGAUCUAUUUGAAUAUCAAGUCAUCACGUAAAUAAUAUCACUUUCAUACAUCAGUUAACAAAUUAAGAGGAAGUAGCCUACAUACUAUCUGUUAAUAAUUAAUAUAUUACUUUUUUAUAUUUUACAUUAAAUUAUGAAUAGGUAAUAUAUGAUUAUCAAAAAUAAUUUCUAUGUUCUCAUACAUUUUAUCUUUUGAGCAGAAAAUGAACAAAUUCAACUCCUUUUGUAAGUAAAGAGAUUAAGAUAAAUUAUGAUCUAUAGUAUUGUAUAAAAAAUUCUGAUUAUAAUAUUUAAUUUCAUUUAACGAUAUCAUUUGCAGUUGAUGACAAUCAUGUUGAAAAGAUCUUUUUUGUGUAUUACAGUAAAGUUGUAUACUGUGUAUCUUGUUUACUCCUGAAUUUCUAGUCUGAUUUUUAUGGGAAAAGUCAAAAUGAAUUGUUCUUUUUAUUAGUAUUUGUUUUUGGUUAUUCAUUAUUGUCAGUUCGCGUAGAAAAAAGUAAUUAAUCCGUGACCUCGUUAGAAAGUGCAAGUUGUAAAUUGUUAAAUAUAUUCCACCAUUUUUUAUUCCAUAGUUAUUCUAUUUGAAUAUGAACUUCAAAUAUUUGGUAUACAAUUCUAAGUACAAUUAUAGUACUAAUUUCUCUGAGUUCAUAAGGUUCAUUUUUUUCUAGAAGUUUUCUACUAAAAUUUUUUAGAAGUAGGCAGUAAAAUUAAUUGAAUGAUUGAAAUUAAAUUUGAAGUAAAUUGAAAACUGUCGUUUACAUACACAGA